CAUCUCAUCACUGCUACAUACUGUGCUACAUUACACUCGAAGAGCAAGAGCUUAACGUAUAAUGGCGGCGAGUAGCAGGAAGCUGCUGUUUGUCGCCUUGGUGGUGGUGGUGGUGGCGGUGCUGCUGUCCCCGGCGGCGGCGUGCGGCGGGCACCCGUGCCCGAGCCCGGCGGGCAAGUGCCCGGUGAACGCGGUGAAGCUGGGGGUGUGCGCCCACGUGCUGGACGGGCUCAUCCACGCGGUGGUGGGGAAGCCACCACCCAACAACAAGAAGGAGCCCUGCUGCUCCCUCAUCUCCGGCCUCGCCGACCUUGAGGCCGCCGUCUGCGUCUGCCUCGCCAUCAACGCCAACGUCCUCGGCGUCAACCUCGACGUCGCCGUCGACCUCUCCCUGCUCGUCAACUACUGCGGCCGCACCGUGCCCGCCGGCUUCCAGUGCGCCUAGCCAUCUACCCAGAGCUAGUAGCCGCAGAUGGAUAUCUAUCGCCUCGCCUGUAUGAUUAUGAUCUGAUGCAUGCAUGUUUGCACACACACUCGAUCGAUAGAUGCAUGAUGGAGCAUCGAGCCAUCCAUUAUUGUCUGUAGUAUGUACUUGUGUUCAUGUUUCUGUGUCUACGUAUUACGGACGUGUUAUAUGUACGGUAAACCAAGAAAGAAAUAACAAGUGUGUGCAUGCAAUCAUUUAAAUUCCUC